GUGCCGGUGACACUGGUCCCAAGGAGCAUGUGGAAACGAGUGUAGCUGCCGUGGCAGAGAUGCUCGUGGGAGCCAAGGAGGUGCUAGUGGUGCCGGGAUACGGCAUGGCUAUGGCUCGGGCUCAGACCGCUAUGGGAGAGCUGGCAAAUGCGCUUCGAGCAAACAACGUCAACAUGAAGUUCGGUGUUCACCCUGUGGCCGGACGCAUGCCCGGGCAGAUGAACGUGCUCUUGGCAGAGGCGGGCGUGCCCCACGAGUGGGUGCUGGAGAUGGACGAAGUGAAUCCCGACAUGGAGAACAACGAUGUGGUGCUGGUAGUUGGCGCCAACGAUGUCGUGAACUCGGCAGCGCAGGAGAUUGAAGGCUGCGCCAUUUGGGGAAUGCCGGUGAUCGAAGUUUGGCGAUCAAAGAAGGUGAUCUUCUGCAAGCGGUCAAUGGGCGGAGGCUAUGCGGAUCUUGACAACCCCGUCUUCUACAAGGAGAACACCGAGAUGCUCCUGGGAGAUGCGAAGAAGACCUCCGACUCCCUGGCUGCCAUGGUUAAGGAAAGGUUCGAGAAGGUCUAA